AUGGAUGCUGAGAUUGAAACUAUUGAAAAGAAUGGAACUUGGGAGCUAGUGGAAAGGCCUACAGAUAAACCAGUCAUAGGAGUCAAAUGGGUGUUCAAAACCAAGUUGAAUCUGGAUGGAACAGUUCAAAAACACAAGGCUAGGCUUGUAGCUAAAGGGUAUGCUCAAAAACCUGGUAUUGAUUAUAAUGAAACCUUUGCCCCGGUGGCAAGGUUAGAUAAAAUUAGAACUUUGAUUGCACUUGCAGCACAAAAGGGUUGGAAGUUGUUCCAAUUAGAUGUUAAGUCAGCCUUCUUGAAUGGAGUACUUGAGGAGGAGGUUUAUACUGAGCAACCAGAGGGGUUUGAAGUGAAAGCAGCAAGUCAUAAGGUCUAUAAAUUGAAGAAGGCACUCUAUGGUUUGAAGCAGGCUCCCAGAGCCUGGUAUAGUGAAAUUGACACCUAUCUAGCUAGCUGCAAUUUUAAAAGAAGCACUAGUGAGGCCACCGUAUAUACCAAAACUGAUGAAGAAGGAAAAUUGAUCAUUGUCUCUAUAUAUGUUGAUGAUAUAGUUUAUACUAGAAACAGUAAUGCAUUGCUCAAUGAGUUUAAAAGGGACAUGAUGCAAAAGUAUGAGAUGACUGAUUUAGGACUCUUACAUCAUUUCUUGGGAAUGGGAGUUCUACAAACUGAUAAAGGGGUGUUUAUUCAUCAAACCAAGUAUGCAAAGUCCUUGUUUGUGAAGUUUGGUCUCGAGGAUUGUAAGUCAAUAACAAUUCCUCUACCCACUGGUGAGAAACUAAAGAAAAUUGAUGGAAGUCAGUUGGUUGAUGAAGGUUUGUUUAGAAAAAUUGUUGGCAGCCUGUUGUAUCUGACUGCAACCAGGCCUGAUAUAAUGUUUGCAGCCAGUUUGUUAUCAAGAUUCAUGCAUAGCCCUACAAAGAAACACAUGGGAAUUGCAAAAAGGGUUCUCAGAUAUGUUCAAGGUACUCUCAGUUAUGGCAUUGAAUUUACAAGGGACAAGAAUGCUGUUCUGAUUGGUUUUUGUGACUCUGAUUGGGCUGGCAGCGAAGAUGAUAGUAGAAGCACAUCUGGAUAUGCAUUCAGUUUUGGUAGUGGAAUUUUCUCAUGGGCUUCGGUCAAGCAAAACACAGUUGCAUUGUCAACUGCAGAAGCUGAAUACGUCUCAGCAGCUGAGGCAACAACUCAAGCUAUCUGGCUAAGACUUGUGUUGGAUGAUUUUGGUGAAAUGCGACCUGAUGCAACACCAUUGUUUUGUGACAACAUGUCAGCAAUAUCAAUGGUCAAAAAUCCUGUUUUCCAUCAGAAAACAAGGCACAUAAACCGAAGGUAUCAUUUCAUAAGGGAAGCUUUACAAGAAGGGGUGAUUGAUAUAAAAUUCUGCUGA